AGGGGGUAUGAGGGCGGGUGGCUGGACGCGUUUGAGGAUUUGAUGCGGGCCAGUUCGGGGCUGGAGAUGCGCGCGCUGGGGGAGAUCCAGAGGGAUAGGGAGCGGUAUCGGGAGUGGGAUGGGGGCUGGUUUCCGUUUGGGAUGGUCGGCGGUGGGUUUUUCGGCGGCGGGUUUUUCGGCGGCUGGCGCCGCGACGGGCGAUACUUCGGCACCGGCAUGGGCAUGCGCGAGGUCGCCUGGCUGGGCCGGAUGCGCAGGGCCGGCCUGACCGAGGUGCUGUUCCCCGUGUGCGACCCCUGCCUGGGGUACCAGUCGCCCCGGACGAUGGAGGAGUGGGUGGAGCGGAGGAGGAGAGAGCGGGACGCCGGCAGGGCGUGGGACGGGUACCUGGAGGAGCGGGUCAAGACGUUGGAGGACAUGCAGCGGCGGCUGUGGAGGGAGGCGGACGCCUGGACCGAGGAGGCCCGGCGGGAGAUGGAAGAGGCUAGGCGGGCGAUGGAGCGGGAGCUGGGUGCAUGGGGCGGCGAUGCGCGGGACAAGGGCACGGGCUUCUUUGAUGGUGUGUUCGGAGGCAUCGUGAAGACGCUGGGCAAGGUGCUCGAGGACGAGGUCACGUCGAUGCAGCGGCACGACAGGAGGCAGGAGCGCAGGGAGCGCGCGGACGACACGGCCGUGGCGGACCAAAACAAGCAGGAUCGCUCCGCCGAGACGGAAGGCGAUCUGUACUCCCUCGUCCAGUCGGCCUUCCACGAGUCCGAGCGCUCGCUGUCCAACUUCUUCAGGGCCAUCUCGGACGGCUGGCGCGAGGGCCUCGGCGACCUGCGGGAGAAGCCCAAGCCGGCGUCGCCGGGCUCCAAGGUCGAGACCACCGAGGCGAUGGAGAACGGGCUCCUCAAGCGGACGACCAAGCAGGAGUUCGUCGACGAGCACGGCAACACGCACGCCAAGACCGAGACCACCUGGACGGACGACGACGGCAGGGUCGUCAUGCGCGUGGUGCAGAACUCCUCGGGCAGCUCGCACCGCUGGGAGAAGACGUUUGGGGGCGCGCCUGCCAAGCAGGACAACGACCGUGAAAUGGCUGCCGACAACAGCCGCGAGGCAGCCACCAACGAGGCCAAGGAGCAGAAGAAGAAGACAGGCGGGUGGUUCUGGAAGUGAAACAAGGCGCGCCCGCCCAAGACUGGACUGGACCUGGACUGAUUUGCAAGGGAGAUCGAGAUCGGUAAACACUCCACUCAUUCCCAUUGUUGUCGGCUCCGCUCCUUGAAAGAUUGGCUCAUGGGGUCUUAGUUUUGUUUCGACUAAGCGUGCAGGAUAUGUAAAUAGCGAAUAACUAGUGCUCAACUAGCAUGCCAACCAAGCAU